AGGUGAUCGAGGGAGGAACACACGUACGGUUUCUCCGUUUCUGUCAACGUACGGAACUAUUACCAUGCAACGUCGUUUUUCUCUCCUUCCUUCGAUCAGAAUGCUCCUGCCCUUCUCCCUCAGAGGUCAUCCAUCGUUUGGAGGAGCGGUGGGGUUUAACCGGCACAUUUUGAGGAUAAUUUAGGUUGAAGACUCAAAACAAAUGGCUUCUGAAUCCUCGCCGGCGCCAACAAAUUCUCCACCUGCACCAGCUACUCCUCCUGCUUCGUUGUCAUCACCCCCACCGGCUUCAUCACCCCCACCACCAACGUUGUCUUUGCCGCCACCAGCUUCACCACCUCCGCCGGUACCACCAGCCUCGUCACCACCGCCGUCUAAGGAAUCUCCACCACCACCAACAGCAGCAUCCCCUCCACCUCAGAAUUCACCUUCGGCGCCGCCACCCCCUCAAGACUCCAACUCUUCUCCUCCUCCCCCUUCCUCUUCUGGAACGCCUUCACCUCCUCCUCCGUCGUCUAAUGGAGGAGGUGGUAAUGAUGAUUCGCCUUCUCCACCGCCACCGCACAACUCAUCUAGUCAUUCAUCGCCGUUCUCGCCUCCCUUGCAACAAUUCUCACCACCAAGUGGGUCGUCACCAAACUCCUCGUCUGGUUCUGAUACGUCGACAGAUUCAUCUUCACAGUCGACGACACUGCCUAUAAUAAUUGGAGUUGCGGCUGGGGCGGGGUUGUUGCUCGUCGUCAUAAUUGCUCUAUACUUUGCAUGCACUAGAAAGAAGAAGAAACGAGAUCAACAUCAACACUACCCUUCCCAUCCAACCAAAGGCGGCGAACAUUACACGGAUUCCAGAUGGCAGAAGGGAUCACCACCUGAUCAUCAACCCAAUAAUGGCCAUGUUGUUAAUAUACCUCCCCCUUUAGAUGGGAGCAAUGGAGCUUGGGCAACACCAGUCGCACCUUCGCCGCCGCCGCCGCUGAUCAAUAGUAGUGACCUUAGCUCCAACUACUCUGGUUCCCAUGGUACUGCCUUGCCACCCCCACACCCUAACGUGGCUCUUGGGUUCGGGAAGAGCACCUUCACCUAUGAUGAGCUAGCUGCUGCAACUGCGGGCUUCUCUCAAGCUAACAUAUUGGGUCAAGGAGGGUUCGGUUACGUGCAUAAAGGGGUGUUGCCAAACGGAAAAGAAAUUGCGGUGAAAAGUCUCAAAGCCGGCAGCGGGCAAGGAGAGCGCGAGUUCCAAGCCGAGGUUGAGAUUAUUAGUCGUGUCCAUCAUCGCCACCUUGUGUCACUUGUUGGGUAUUGUAUUGCAGGAGGAGGGAGAAGGAUGUUGGUCUAUGAAUAUCUUCCCAAUAAAACCCUUGAAUUCCACCUUCACGGAAAAGAUCGACCAACCAUGGACUGGUCUACCAGGCUCAAGAUCGCAUUGGGAUCAGCCAAAGGGCUUGCGUACCUGCAUGAAGACUGUCACCCUCGCAUCAUUCAUCGGGAUAUUAAAGGUGCAAAUAUUCUACUUGACCACAGUUUUGAAGCCAAGGUGGCUGAUUUCGGGUUGGCAAAGCUAAAUCAAGACAACUUCACUCAUGUGUCUACUCGCGUCAUGGGAACAUUUGGGUACUUGGCCCCUGAGUAUGCAUCAAGCGGCAAGCUAACCGAAAAAUCUGAUGUUUUCUCAUUUGGUGUUAUGCUUUUGGAACUGAUAACUGGACGGCGUCCUGUGGAUCCCUCUGGAGACUUUGAGGACAGCUUAGUAGAUUGGGCUAGACCUCUUUGUGCGCGGGCAAUAGAGGAGGGGAACUACGACAAGCUGGUAGAUCCACGUUUGGAUAACAAUUAUGCCCCCCAUGAGAUGGCACGAAUGGUGGCAUGUGCUGGUGCAAGUGUAAGGCAUUCUGCUAGAAGGCGACCCAAAAUGAGCCAGAUUGUACGUGCCUUGGAAGGUGAUGUCUCCCUGGAUGACUUGAACGAGGUGAUGAAACCUGGCCAAAGUUCCAACUUUGGCUCUAGUAGCUCCGAGUAUGAUGCCAGCUUGUACAGUGCUAACAUGAAGAAGUUUAGGAAGAUGGCAUUGGAUAGCCAGGAAUAUGGAAGCAGUGAAUAUGGAGCCACAAGCGAAUAUGGGCUCAACCCAUCCUCCACGAGCAGUAGUGAUAACUCUCAGGAGUUGGGCAGGAAACCGAGCAGGAAGUAAAGUCACUGAGCAAACUCCUUCUCCAAAACAAGAGGUCAUGAGAACUUAUUCGAAGCAGGAACUGCUAUAUAUAUGCCACUCUAUCUGUUAAGACGAUGGUAAAGUGGCAGAACUGUGCUCGCGUUACGGCAUUAAUGAACAUUGUCGUCCAUUAAUACAUCUUGAGUGGUGCUACUCAUGACUUGGCUGCUCCCUCCACUAGUCGUUUAAUUAGGAUGUCAACUUAUAUUGCAAGCAUUGCUGUGUUUUCUUAAUUAAUUGAGACGAUCCUUGAUCGAUUUAUGUUAUAUAGUGCUUUUGGGAUUUGAGAGUAUAUAUAUAUUAUGUACGCGCGUGUGCUACGAAUAUUUUUAUAUAUAAAACAAUACGUUUGGAUGUAGCUUA